CGCCCUCGUACCACCACCAUGUCGCCGGUCAAGACGCAAUGGACUCGCCUCAUCCGUUUCGUAGCGGCGGAAACCGCUCAGGUGCACAUCGGUGAACCUGUGGAUCCCAAGCUUGAUGUUGGUCUUGCCUUUCACCAGAAGAAGCCAAUCAAGGCGUACGAAAUUGCUGGUUCUGCGCUCGACCCCGCGGCUCAAGUCACGAAGAACAUACUCACUGUCAAGCAGUUACUCGCACCGCUUUCCAGGGAAGAAGUUGGGCUUGUUCGUUGCCUGGGUCUUAACUACGCGGAUCACGCUGCUGAGGCGAACUUGGCCAAGCCGACCUAUCCUGUGCUCUUUUACAAGCCGGUCAAUGCUCUGAUUGGUCCUGAAGUCCCAGUCACUAUCCCGAAGCACGUUCAGCCCGUGGAGAAACACCUUCCGGAUUACGAGGUUGAACUCACCGUUGUCAUCGGUAAACCUGCCAAGAACGUGCCUGAGGCUGAGGCGCUCGACUAUGUUAUUGCAUACACAGCUGGGAACGAUAUCUCGUUCAGAUAUCACCAAAUGGCCGUUUCGCAGUGGAAUUUCUCAAAGGGAUACGACAACACGACUCCCAUCGGUCCCUGCCUCGUUGCCGCCCAUGCAUUCCCUGACCCUCAGAAGGUGCCCCUGAAGACGGUCGUGAAUGGGAAGACAGUUCAGGACGGUACUACCGCCGACCAAAUCUUCAGCGUCCGCCAGACCAUUGCCUUCCUCUCCCAGGGUACGACCCUCCUCCCUGGCUCCAUUAUCAUGACCGGAACCCCGAAAGGCGUCGGUUUCGUGAAGAAGCCGCCUGUGUACCUCAAGGAUGCCGAUGACAUGAGCGUAUGGGUCGGGGGCGGCAUCGGCACGCUCGUGAACCCGGUCGUCGAAGAGCGCGGGGACCAGAAAGCGAAGCUUUGAACUGUGGGUCCAACGCCCAAACACCAACCUCGUCCUUCAUCCCCCCGACCGGGAUUUGAAGCCGUUCUGCGUCAGGGGUGGGUACGCUCACUGUUACUGGAUUUGGCUUGUAGCGGUGAGCCGCUUGUGCCUGUGCUGUGAAUCGAAGUUUGCCGCUGAGUGACCAUGUAUAUUCGUAUGCUGUCUUGAAAUAUACUGAGCUUCUUCCUUGCCACGAGACAAUCUGGCUUCUUGC